AUGACACUUGAGAUAUGCCCAGAUUUGUCCCACCCUCAAGUUCUGCCAUCACAAAGCGAUGGCGAAGCGCCAAAAUUGCCACCGCUAGGUAAAUGGAACGUCCAAGCAAGCUCCAACGCUACACCUUUGUCAUCGCCUACUCAAAAAUUCCCCACAACUAGCCGCUUCAAGAAAGCUCACGAACCAGUACCGUCACAUUCGAAUUCAGAUCAGUCUACUCCGCAUGUCCAAAACCAACAGAAGGCAAGACUCAACGCCCCAUUUGAUAUAACGCAGAUCGAAACCCGAAAGCUGGAAUGGCCUACGAACUCAGAACCACCACAGAUCCUAAAGACGGACUCCGGAUUACAAUACACAAUUCAAGACGGAUCCGUGCCCUGCUUCAAAAUUCUACGAUCCCAGCUCCCGGAUCCAAUCGCAUUUUAUGAACAAGUGGAGCCAGUAAGUAGUAGAUAUGGGGCAGCUUUACUCGAGAUAAUUGAAGACUCAAAUUUACCGUCUGAAACCAAUAAAUCUGAAGAAGGGUCGUCAUCUGAUGGGGUCACCAACUUGGCUUUGAAUCCGGACCUUUUUUGGUUCAAAGCUCGGAAACAGUCAUUGGGAUCUUUUGAGAUCGAAAGGAAGAAGAAGCUGGAUCUCCAUAGAAAAUUGUAUCACUACCACAACAAAUUUAGAGGUGAAAAGAAAAAUCCAAGCCUCAGCAAAAUCCCUUGUAUAGACAAGAGACCGCUAGAUUUGUACAGACUCCGCCAGUGUGUUCAACUGAGAGGUGGAUUUCAAACAGUUUGUAACAAAAAGCUUUGGGCACAAAUUGGAAGAGAGCUUGGAUACUCUGGCAGAAUCAUGAGCUCUCUAUCAACGUCCCUGCGAUCUGCAUAUUCGAAAGUGCUGGCUGACUUAGACAGAGAAGAUUCAGAAAACGAUGUGGCGGGCACUGUUAUUGAACAAGAUGCGCCUGCCAAGCUACAGAUAAUAUUACCGUCUUCAACUACUGACGAUCCAAGGACUUCCGGCUCGAAAAAGAGAAGUAAACCGGGCCUUCCGGUAAUAUGUGAAAAUCGCAUUAAAAGGCAUCAACCGUCACAACCUAAAGUAUAUGAGGUUGUUGGCUCAAGCAUCGAAUACCCCCGAUUACGGGACGUUUUAAGGUACAAAGGAUUUUUUACCAACUUCGAGAGUCUUACCGAGCGCAAGAGGCACAUCACAAGGCCUUCAACUUCUACUCUGCCAUGUUACAGCUUUUCGCUAUGGAAGAACACGUCAGAAAAUUAUGACAAAUCAGCAUUUGAAUCAAGAGAUUCUCCCCUUUACAACCUGAGGCAAUACUAUGAGAAAGCUCAAGCGCAUUCUAAGCGUACGUUUGAGAUUUGCAACCGAAGGCUGCCCCAAGCUACAUCUACUGAGGAAAUAAUGGACAUAGACAAGUUCGAAAAGCUUUUUUUUCAAUUACUAUCAGACACAGGCUCGUCUUGUGAUGUGGACACUGCUAUAAAUCUUCCUUCUUAUAUGCAUGGUUCAGGUUUUCCAACGUUGUCAUCACUGGCAGAAGGUGUUUCGGAGAGAAUAUCCGAUCCUUGGAACUUGAACAAUAUUUGUCUGUCAGAAAAAUCGGUGCUACGCUACCUUGAUGCAGACUAUGGAAGCCAACUCAACACCAAUUUGGAUAUUGGGAUGCUAUUUUCCGUAAAAGGUUGGUCCACCGAAGACAACUUUUUACCUGGUGUUGACUACCAUCAUGUGGGCUCAUCAAAGUUGUGGUACGUCAUCCCUCCACAAGAGCUAGAAAAGUUCGAGAAACUUAUAAUUGAAUCUAAGAACAGAAAGCCUUCGCCAUCAGUGUCCGGCACAGGUAAUACAGAGGAGAAAGAAUUUGAAGAAUCUGAAUUUUACCAGAGUUUCAUUGAUACUACUCUUGAGAAGAGUGUGUCUAUUCACCCGCGAAGAAUCAACACCCACUCAAUAUGUCGGUCAGAAAUGGAUCAACACAUGGAAUUUGGAUAUUUGGCGGACGAUUUACAAUUUCAUCCAGAAGUGUUAAAGAUGUAUGGCAUCAAAUUCUACAAAGUCAUCCAAAACCCUAAGUCUUACCUUUUUAAAUUUCCUAAGGCCAACACGAUGAGUAUUCAAUCAGGGUUUGGCGUAUCAGAAAAUGCUCGUUUCGCCCCUUCAUCCUGGUUAGACUUGGCGAUCGAUAGUGAGUUAUGGCUUUCGAAAUAUGGGCAUUUACCAGGCAUCUGUUCAUUUCAACUUUUGUUUAACAUUGUUUCCGGAUCUGAUAAUAAACACCUAGUUGCAAAAGCAAGAAGCAUACUUUCCGGGUUGAUUACCGAGGAGUUAAAGGCUAGGAAUGCAUUUGCGCGCAUGCUGGAAGACAAAUUUACAGUAGUGACUAACACCUUUGAUUUUAUCUCUGACUUAAAUCUUGAGCCCACCGGGGCGUCUAAAGUAUUAUUAACUAGUCCCAAAGAUUGCCUCACGCUAUCUCUACACCAGUUUCUGUCCAAUACUCUCGUCAAAGAAGGCCAAUUGAAUGUGUUCGGCUAUGAUGUUGCGAACAAUGGAAUUAGCGUUUCAUUACACUUGUUCUACCCGACUGAAGUUCUGGAAUCAUUAGUACAGGAUGACCAAGCCCAUAGUGACGCCGCUGCUGUCUUUUCCAUAGAUGGAGCUAGCCACAACCGUUGUGCGACAUCAGAUAUUUUGAAAUCUUAUGAAAAAUUAGUUACUGAGGACUGCAAGGGUAGACGAGUCCCGUUUGAGAAGGUUAGCAUGUACAGCGAAGCUCUAUCUGAAAUGUCAUCUCCGAUAACGCACUAUUUGAAGGAAAGUGUCACAGUAUCCCGGACGCUAAAAUCAAAAUGUGUUGAGUUACUCGAAAAGGUGUCUAAAGAUCGACAAGACUACAGAUUUCUCGGUUUUGGCACGGGCUUCCUUAUCAAAGAUUUACCCAUGCCACAAUUUCAGUAUUCAGUUAAUGAGCUGUUAAUUUUGCAACAAGAUUUACGAUGUUUGUCGAUUGACUUUCCUGAAAUGCACAAGGUCUUCGAACUGUGCCGAUUGGCUCAGAAGUUCCAAAUUGAUGCAAAAUUCGCGAUCCAAAAGGGCAACCUUGAGCUGUUGCGUGAUAUUUGGGUAAACGGCAUAAAUCUUGGUGUGAGAUCAAGAUUCCACAAAAUUGUUGCUAAAACUGUCUGCGAGAAAGCUUGGCUAACAAUCUUUGAUCAAGCUAUUGCAGGAAAUGGCAAUACUAGCUCAGAGGACCAUGAAUGCUUUCAUACAAGUGAUCUGCCAUUAUUCCUGAGGUUCGGUUUGCGGAAUGUGCCAGAAAGUGAGCAUCAGGAUAAAUUUCUAGAGGUGCAAAGAAUUAUUCUGCUAUCACAAACGACUAUUACAAAGUUAAAAGGUCUUUUCAAGAAAAAAACCAGUAAAAUACCGAUAGCCAAACUUGGAGAAGUUGUCAAGUCCAUGGAACAGCAUCCUCUUUUGUUUGAUGCAAGGUUAACGGCUGCCUUGAAAGCAAUACUGGAAACUUUUCAAGGAAGCAAACAAAAAAUGGCUUCAGCUUUUGAUAAACUAGAGGUUAAUGAUCAUAUCUUAAGCAAAAUACCAGCUAGGGCCUCGGGCGAGACCCUCUUUGAUAUGCAAUUGACUGAUAAAUUUGAUGGAUCAAUGAGUGAUCAUCGGUUGACUUUACAUGAAAUUCCUAACAAGUCUAUUUUCACCAAGCAUAUAAGAGAUUGUAGAACUUGGUUGCAGUUGCUCAACAAACUAGUACCUAAAAAGCAAUCAUGGGCUAAGAUUUUAACGUCAACAAAUCAGUGCUUCCAAAACAAGAUUGACGUUUGGGAACCGCGCCCUAAUAGUAAUGAUGAAAAGGUUUACUGCUUUUGCCGCCGAGGUGACUUCGGGAGCACGAUGGCUGCAUGUGAGAUAUGUGGUGAAUGGUAUCAUAUGUCGUGCAUUAACAAAGGUAAAUGGACUUUGGGAAACAGUGAGAGCAGCGUUUUCGUUUGUCCCAUCUGCUACUCGUUGGAUAUUCCUAACACUAAUGUCGUUGAUUACUCCGAUCUUCAAGCAUUAGCUAUGGAGUCGUGUAAGCUAAAAAUUAUCCCAGAUCGGCUAAUGUUCAGUCAGUUUUUCGAGGUUUUCAAGAUUGCGACUUUAUUUAGGAAAUGUCUGAGGCAAUCCAUUUUGAAAGAAGAUGGAACUAUGCGCCCCGAGGUAUCGCUUUCACACGUCAAAUUUUAUCUGAGAAAACUUCUGGGGAGCGGAGUCAGACUGAGUCAGGAGGUAGCUACAUUGCGCAGCGCUUGUCGUGAAUCGGAUGCUCAAAAAUUCAAGAGUUUUUCGGAGAAGAAGAUCAAUGUUGUUACAGGAUUCGAGGACCUCGGAAUAAAAGAGGAAACACCGGUGGUUUCAGAGGCCUCAUCUGUUAUUCUCCAGGACCAAAAAGAUACAAUUCAGACGCCGAAACAUGAAGAGUCUUUAACAAAAAUGAUUCACCCGUGA